AGAUUUUUUGUUCAAGCUCUUCUCGGAUCUCGGACCGCGGCCACUUGCCCGUUCCAUGCGAUACGCGCACGCUGUCCCCUUUUUGUUUCGGAUGUUUGCAAAUCAUGGCCUACUAAUCGUGCCUAAACGGCCGUACGGUACGGUUUGGCUCCAACCCGGAUGUGGCCGGAUGGGGAGAGUUGCAACUGACCAAAUGACGUGACAAAAGCGCCGUACGGCUGAAGGAAUUCCACCGUUUUGCCACGCAAGGACACGGGCACGGAGUGCGUUUUUGUGAAAGGCGCUGAUCACAACGCACACCACAACCACCAUCAAUAUAACUAAGCAACCCGUUGUUGGUGUCGUCAUCGCACCGUCGUUGUCGUCGACUGCGUGAAGAUUAUUGCGUUACGGAUAGUGAAGGCAGCUUGGGCGGCUUUGGCGACUGGGUGCAAAAAAAAGUGCCAUUCAUUCCGACCGGACCGGAUAAUUGUGCGUGCGUGGACCAAAGGGGGCCCUCGGUUACGCGGCCAUCGGAAAGGGAAAAGUGAGAAAUUACCCGCAGCAAGAAAUCGACAGCAGAGCAACAGCAGCAGCCAGCAUCAGCGAAACGGCACAAUCCACCGGUGUGUGUGUGUGUGUGUGAAUAGAGAAAGAUAUGUGCAACGUGUCUAACAGCUUUUCCUUAUCCGGAUCGGGAAAAACGAGUCGAAAGUAGUGGAAUCAGGUGUAAAUAGCGAAACGAAAGAGAAAGAGCAGUUGAAAAGAAAAAGAGUGAAAGAAAAAAAAACAACCCAACCCCAUCCGACCCAACGAUCAUCAUCAUCCUGUUGUGCGCGCUGGGUGAGAAAGUGGUACGUACAAAACGGCACACUAGAUCGCCGUGUUCCGUGAGUUGGCGGUGAGAAAGUUUUCGCAAACCCCGUAGUGAGUUCGCCCGUCAUAGUGAGCGCGUGUGGCAGGGAAAACGAGCGACGACCAAAAAAAAAAAGAAGGGGGUGAAAAAAGUGUGUGCUACGAUCAAGCAGCGGCCCACACACCUGUUGCUGCGGGUGCGUACGAAAAUUUGAUCAUUGUAUGCACACGUGUGACACGGCGGCGGUUGACCGUGUGUGCGUGUCUGGUUGUGCUUGAUUGAGUGUGGUGUGUGAGUGCGUGUGAUUUUUGGCAGCCAGUCGCGUUUCUUGCUGACUGCAGCCACAAUCAAGUGCGCGUGUGUGCGUCGCAGCGCGGAUCUAUUGUGUGCCAACUGUCAUCAUCUCGCGAGAUCGAACCGACACAAGAUCACUGCCGUGUGUCUGAUCGGCUUUGCUCAUCAACACUCACCAGGGCUCACUUGCGCGCCGAGACGACAACGGUGCGUGUCCGUGGCGUGACAGAAGCCGUGAUCUGUUGGUUUCUGUUGGAAAAAAAGGUUCCGGUGUCAUCGGGAGCUUCAUCCUGUGCGCGGCAUCGCGCAGAAACGGUGUGUAUGUCUGGUGUUUUGGCGCCCGGAAGGAAAUGUAAUGUGUUUGAAAGCUAAGACACAAGAAUGCCAAUACAGGCGCCCCAAUGGACAGAGUUUCUCAGCUGUCCCGUUUGCUGCAACGAGUUUGCAGCGAAUCUACGCCCACCGAUCAGUCUAGGAUGCGGUCACACCAUCUGUCGCACCUGUCUCGCCACACUCCACCACCGGCAGUGCCCGUUCGAUCAGACUGUUAUAUCGACUGAUUUAGAUUAUCUACCGAUAAAUAAUGCAUUACUGCAGUUGGUCAGUACACCGGGAAUCUCGUCCUCGUCGACGUACGGCAGCAAGGGAGGAGGAGGAGGAGGAGGAGGCGAUGGAGCGAACAACGCUACCAGCAAUGGCGGCAGUGCAUCGCCUGGAGGAGGAAGCUCGCAGGGUGCCGUGUGUGGAGGCAAUAGCAGCACUAGCAGCGCGAGCAGUAAUAGCAGCAGCGCCAGUAGUAGCAGUAGCAGCAGCAGCAGUAGCAGUAGUACCAGCAGUACCGCUAGUAGCAACGACUCGACUUCUUCCUCCGGUAGCGUAAAUGCAUCGCCAACCACCAACAACAAUGCUCCCAAUACUUCCGCCAGCAUUACCGAUCCGGACCUCAACUCGACGAGCGUGCAGAGUCUCAGUCCCGAGAAUCUGCAGUACUACAAAACGGCGAAGGCAUGCAUCGAAGAGCUGGCGCUCUACCUUAAACCCUGUCCAGCGGCCGGUAGCGGAUCGUUGGCGGCGGAUCGUGGUGGUAGCAGCAGUAUCGUCAGCACGUCCGGACCGUCCGGGGCGAGCCUGCUGUCACGGCAGAUGCAGCGGAAGCUGGUGAUACUGGUCAACUGUCAGCUGAUCGAGGAUGAGGGCAGGGCACGGUCGCUCCGUGCCGCUCGCUCACUAGGCGAGCGCACGGUCAUGGAGCUGAUCCUGCACCAUCAAAACCCGCAGCAGCUGAGCACGAACCUGUGGGCAGCGGUAAGGGCCCGCGGCUGCCAGUUCCUCGGUCCGGCCAUGCAGGAGGAGGUGCUAAAGCUGGUGCUGCUAGCGCUCGAGGACGGAUCGGCCCUGUCGCGCAAGGUGCUGGUAAUGUUCGUUGUGCAGCGUCUCGAGCCACAUUUUUCGCAAGCGUCCAAAACGAGCAUUGGGCACGUGGUGCAGUUGCUGUACCGUGCGAGCUGUUUUAAGGUGUCGAAACGGGAGGGAGACUCUUCGCUGAUGCAGCUGAAGGAGGAGUUCCGCACGUACGAGGCGCUGCGUCGCGAACAUGACGCACAGAUCGUGCAGAUAGCGACGGAAGCUGGUUUGCGGAUCGCACCCGACCAGUGGUCCUCGCUGCUGUACGGUGAUACGGCACACAAGUCGCAUAUGCAGAGCAUUAACGAUAAGCUGCAGACGCCACAAUCGUUCGUGCAGUCGGUGCAAGAACUGAUUAUCGCCCUACAACGCACCGGUGAUCCGGCCAACCUUUCCGGGCUGCGCGUACAGUUGAAGCAUUUGGCGGCGAUCGACUGGAACAGCGAGAACCACGUGCCCAGCUGGGCAGAAUGUGCCGCAGCUCUGCAAGCGGUGAAACGCGUCGUGGCGGGACUGGUGGACUUUGUGCAGCAUCAUGGCAACCGUAAGCUGCAGGAGGCAGGCCAUCUGGCACACAACCGAAACUACAAGAUCAGCUUGUGCCGGGACCUAAACAAUCGGGGCACCUGUCCGCGUGGACCGAACUGUACCUUCGCACACUCGGACGAAGAAUUGGAAAAGUAUCGGACAAAGCUGCGAAAGAGCCAUGGGAGCAGUGCAACGGCCAGUUUACGCAUGAUGUCUAAUGGAAAAGAUCAUCAUCCGGUUGGGGCGGGUACUAUGAGUGCGACUGGGCCAGGGCAGCCAGGAGGUGUUAGUCGAGGACCUAGGUCGGCUGUGGAUUACCAUGCACACCCAGGUGGUAGUAAUGGUGAUGGUGCGAGCGGCGGUAGUAUGCACCAAAGUUCGUCCUCGUCCCACGGUUACCAUUCGUCCGGAGAGGAAGCAUCGUCCCCGGUGCGCUAUCAAAAGACAUCUUCCGCUGGAGUAGGAGGAGGAGGGGGAGGAGGAGGAGGAACGGGUAGAGAAGGAAGCCAGCACAGUCAUCGUAUGCUCGAUAAGAAUCACGUCGGAAGCCAGGGCAGUGGUUUAGGAUCCGGUGCAGCAGGUGGACCAGGGGCUAAUGGACCAGGAGGAGGUCCUCAUCCAUCGUCAUUCAGUGGCGGAGGACCAGUGUCGAUGAAUGGAGGUCCUCGCGGUGUUUAUCCCAGUGGCGGAGGAAGUUCAUCCAGUCACUAUCAACACGCUGGAGCUGCGGGUGGUACCAGUGGUAUGGGCUACUCAAAUCGCGGUUCUUCCCAUCAUGCAACAGGCGGUCCCGGAGGAGGUUCUUCGUCACAAGGUGGUGGUGCUCAACAGCACAAUUCUCCGCAAGGAAUGAGGUUCCGUCCUCCACCGCACAUGGGUCCCAGUCCUGGUGGGGCGAAUGCCAACGGUGGUGCGAACUAUCACCCUGGCCCUGGAGGUCCCGGUGGUUCGCUACCACCGCAUCCCAGUAUGCACCAUGAGCGAGAUGGUGGCCAUCUUCCAGCCGCAUACCCUCAGCAACUUCCUGCCACACAACCAGCAGCUGGUGGACAUAUGUCGGGCGCACAUCAGAUCGAGUCACAUCUUCAUCACAGCCCGUUAGCAAACGCUAUGCAUCAUCCGCCGUACUAUGGUGCGGCUGGUGAAUAUCCCGAGGGUAAACAUGGCGCAGAACAUGGACCAAUGCACGGCCUACCACAUCACCAUGGCCAUAAUCAUCCUUCGCAAAUACGGCGACCACCGAACUACGCCGCUUGGGACAAUCUCGCCAGUCCUCCGCAUCAUCAUCUGAGGGGCGAACAUCAUGGAACACCAUCCGGCAAGAUAGGACCGUCUAGCCAUCAGGCACAGCAGCAACAGGCAGGUAGUUUUGGAAUGACGGGACACGCGGGACAACCUCCCCAUCCCUCAUCUGGCUCCGUGCCAUACGGUCCGGCAGCAAGUCCGAAGAACGGGCACUCCAGCAAUUCAGCAGCGCCCAUGGGAUCGAAAUACAUGGGAGGAAUACCGCACCAAGCGGGACAGCAAAACUACCAUCACCAGAAGCUGGGACCACAGGGUCGUGACUACAAGGAAAAGCAUCAGGGCAAUCGAGGUCCUCAUCCAGUACCACCCCCACCGCACGUACACGGUGGGCUGCCAUCGAUAUCUUCCGUCGGCCCACCACCAUAUCCUGCCGGACGUAAUGGGCCGCUUCCACCUCAACCUUAUCUAUCUUCCCCGUUGCCGAUGGCUGGCCCGGACGCCGUAGGUAAAAAUCCUCCACAGGGACAGGUGGGACCGCCGCCACCGCCACAUCACAACGGCUACAAUGGGUCACAGGCGGCCGCCUAUCAGCAUAAUCUGCAACAGCAGCAGCACCAGCAUCACCAUCAUGCUCAUCAUAUGCAUCAUGGUCCGGGGGCUGGAUAUCAACCUCAGCGGCAAACAGCAGGGGGUGAACCGCCGUCACCCUAUCUGUCCAAAAUGCUGUUCGAAUCACUCGGCACGACUGGUGGAGGUAAUAAAAAAUCCUACAACCAGCAGUUGAUGAACCAACACCUGAACGAAAUUGGAAUGGCGAACCCGGCGGCAGCUGCGGCCGCUGCCGGCAAGGACAUGUUCAUCCGGUCCGAUUCUCUCCUAGCGGACGACGAUGCGCUGCUCGUGGCUGAGCAAGAGUUUAACAACGCGGCACAGUAUGGACCUAUCUCGCGCAUGAACCCGAUCGGUACGGAGCGUAUCGAUCUCGGGCUGACACCGCGCAGCCAUCCGAGACAGCAGCAGCGGGGUGGUCUGUGGUCGACUACGUCCUCUUCCUCGCUCGGGGACAAUCCAUCGCCGACGGGUGGUGGGAACGGUAGCUCUUCCGCGUCCUCCCCAUUCUAUGCGGGCAGUGGCGGAAGCAACACGCAGCCACUGAAUCCACCAACAACAAUACCGCCAACACAGAAGCAUUCGAUGCAGCAACAGGUGCAAUCUCAUCUUCCGUACCAUCCACAGCACCCGUCACUGCCGCAUCCAUCGUCCACCGGUGCGCUCGACAAGAUGGCGCCGGAGCCGAACAAUAACUCGAUCGAUUUUGAUCUGUUGCGUGUUGGAGAGAAAAAGACACUAGAGUACGAUUCAGCAGUAACGAUGGCCGACUGCUGUGAAACGGUGCCAACUUCGGCUGGCGGUAGCGUCGUGGAGCAGGACUUUUUGCUUCAAUCGUUGGUUUCACAGACAGGACUAGGUGGCGGUGGGCAUUACGGUGCUCAGCAGCAGCACCCUUUCCAUACGGUCAUGAUGAUGUCGACGGAUAGGAGUGGUUCGCCGCAACAUGCACAACAACACCAGCUGCAACAUCCGCAGCAACAGCUACUGUCGAAAGAUCGAUGUAAUGGCGGUGGAGGUCCUGCGCUGUCGCCCGCCUGUGCCAACGAUGAUCUUCGCAAGCUGAACGAUAUGAAGAGUCCACCAUCAUCGCUUUCGGGCGUCCAGUCACCCGCCAUGCUCAUGUCGGUGACGUCGGAAUCUUCCGUUUGCACACCUCCACCGACCGUCGGUAUGUCUGGCGGUGGUUCCAACGGUGGCACAUCGUCCAUGUGGAACAAUUUGCUGGACCUGUCCACCUUCAAACCUCCAUCCGAUGCGAUGAACAAUCCGAACGAUCCGGACGGCCACUUUAACCCGGCUGGACGUACCAAUGGCACUGCCGGAUAUCCGAUGUCAGCGUUCCCGUCAGCAUCUUCCACCUUUAUCCGCUCGUCGGCCGACCAAUACAAGCUGCCAAAGCUGUUGAUGGACAGUUCGGCGACAGGUGGGGGUCAGCAGCAGCAGCAGCAACCAAGUUUUCUAGCCCAAUCAGGUAAAAGCGCUGCUGCCGGAGGAGCAGCAGUCGAUACGCUUGGCGACGUUGCCCGUUUUCACGAUAUGAUCAACACUAGCCAACCGGCUUCACCGAGCUGUUUGAGCGAUCGUGUAAACGGCGAGGAUCAGCGCAAACUGAACGCGUUCAAGGAACUGAACGAGCUUAGGAUUCAAUCGGGCAUGCUCACCUCCGUGACGGCCUCCCCAUCGCCGUCGGUCGUCACGUCUACGGUCGGUAGCUCCGAUGGUGCCAUCUCGCUUCACGUCGACCAGACGGCCACAUCGCUGUGGAACAACUUGCUCGACCUACCCAGCCUCAAACCAUCGCCACUGUCCGCAUUGUCGUCCGUGGGCGGGGUGGGUUUGGAACCGACAACGGCCGGACCAUCCGGUGAACCGCUCAUCACCGGCAGUAGCUCGUCCAGCCAGCUCAGCGCACUGUUGAACAGCAGCAAUGGCAGCAGCAGCGAAGAUUCGUACGAAGCUGGCAUGGCGGACGAUAUCCGUGAGCUGGAAAUGCGGCUCGUGUCCUCCGUGCUGCAGAACGAUGAGAAUGGCAUAUAACGUACGAUUGUUGCCGCCGCGGCCAGAAGACCACACAUCCUGCAGGAUACACUAAUCCGCACUGUGCUUUGCGAGCCUAAUGACUAAUGAAUUUGUUUGUAACGGGGCGUAUUCUUGUGCGGCCGUAUUGCCCGGGCUGAUUGUGUUAUUGCCCACGUGCCUCCGGUGUGGGAGAGCAUUCGAGCUUUUCCGCGUAGUUCUGUCAACUUAAUCGCAAUCGUUGCUCAUUGUUUUAGUUUGGCUAUCGUUUUUCUUUUUUAAAGUACCUCAUAGCAAAGGUGUUAAACGGGCUAGCUUAUAUCUAUAGAGCUAUAUUAACGGAUACGGAGUUGUUUAUUGUUUGUUCGUUUUCCUUGCGAAACUAAAAUGUGUUUAAACAUUUUGCUUUGGUUAAGGUUCACGGGGUGGGGUUUUAUUUUUAACCGGUUACCGCUUAAGAAUGAUCAUCGACUGAUCUGAAAAGAAAUGACCGCUUGUUCGUUACAGUGGUGACACACACACACGCGCACGCACGAUGCCCAUUAGCCAGUUUGCUAAGGGAUAGUUCAGUAGCAAUUCCUACGAUUAGCAGCAAGGUUCAGGCAUCAGGCAAUAGGAGAAGGAAUGAGAUAUCACUGUUACGUUUACUCUUACGACGCGUUCUACAAUAUGCAAUUGUUACUUGUGUUUAAAUACCCUUGCGCUAGCUCAAUUUGCUCUAGUUUUAUUAGUACGAUUUAGCCAACUUUACCAUCGCAUCGCUGGUCUGGUUCAUAGCUAUAUAUAGAGCUAUAUAUAAUCUGGCCGGGAAUCGGUCAAAUAGUGUGUGUGUGUGUGUUUGCAGGCAAGCUAUUUUUCCCUGUUGUAAAAAGGGAAAGCGUUUUGUUAGGUUGUUUUUUUGCUUAGGGAUUAGAUACACACAGCUAAUAUUGUUUUAUCGCUUUUAAAGCUUUGUUUAGAUGAUAGUUUGGAUGCUUGGGGUACUAGGUUACAAAUUUUAUCAUUGUUUUUUUUUUAAAUUGUAUUAUAACCACAUAUAUCAAUACCACCAUGAAGAGUGGAGGUAGGGGGCAGGACUCUGUGGCAAUGCUUUUGAUUUUAGCAAAAGCAAACACGGUGUAAUGUUGUAACACUGUAAAGUCAAAUACUCUAAAAUUUCGUUCCGACUGUGCCCUGUCGUCCGCGCACCGAUUUUAAUUGCUGAGCAAAUGCGCAUCCGCACUCCGCGUUUUGUCGUAAGUUACUAUUCAUUAGCGUUUGUGAAUUGUUACCCAGCUGUGUGGCUCUGGCACCGAUGACGGGGGACACCCCCAGACACUAGCAAAAUGAUAUGCACACCACAGACGAGCAAUGUCCGCGCCGACUAGCAGAAAGCGGGCAAAACAAAUUGCCCUCUAGCUUAGUUGAGCGUAAAAGGAGCGGGCGUCCACCCGGUGGGGGAAUGUGUUUAACAGUAAUUAGUCCAAUUUAAAGCACCGGUAACCGGUGUUUAUAUAAAUAUACAUAUACGUGCAGAUACUCCGCAGUCGUACUGCGCGCGCGCGCUGUUCAUUAGGUUAAUCUGUAUAUUCUAGCAAAAGGAACACAGAAGCCACGAUUUAAUGGUAAAUUCUCUUUUCAAUUCUACAUUUUUUGUGGUUUUACACAAGAAGCAAAAAACAAACACGAGCAUAGGAAAUGGGUUUCGAGCUUGCGAGGGUGCUAGAAAGGCCAUCUGCACGUGGAACGGGGCGAAGGAAAGAUGUAAAACACUAACGUUUAGUAGCGAAAUUAUCACCAGUUAGCUUAAUAGCAGGAGCAGCAGCUGAUAUCCCCGGUUCUUGGAAGGUUAACACUAGCGGGAGGGACUUGGCGCUCAUCUCCCACACACAUACACUCGUCUCCGGGGUCGCGCUAACGUACAGUGCACACGGGUGUCUUGCAGCCGAGUGGCCAAUUGUUUACGGUGUAAACUGGAAUGGGGCUAGCAAAGGAAGAAUCACCCAACCGCCAAAAGCAUAACGCUCUUUCGAUGGAUAUUUUGUUUAUCCUUCCGUUUUGUUUUUGCCACUAAGAAGUGCUGUGGCGCUGAGGGGACUCUACUGUCUUGUGAAUGCAAUGCAAACACGCACGUUUCCUUCAGGCUGUUAAUUAGUAAGCUCCAAGACAACAAAAAAAGAAAGGGGGAAAGAGAUUAGCGGCGUAUGUGAAAGUAGGUUAGGAAGUUUAAAAGAUUGAUCGAUUAUCAUAAGCAAGCCAGCCAGCAGCCAGUGUCCCCAGACCACCCCACCCCCCACCCUGGUACGCAGGGACGAUAACUGUUUUGUUUUCUUCUAAACCCAAUGGGUUCGCGGUGAAUGGUAUAUACAUUCUGUAACUAACUAAUCUAUUUAUUGUAGGAAAACGAAGGUGACCGAACGCAGCGGACACCGAACAACCCGCCUAAACAGGAGGACACACUUUAGUCUUUUAUGUACCGACUGAAACGUAUGUGCGCGGACGUCGGUGUGUGUACGUGUGUGUAGUUGAUUUAAAAUAGUGUUCUCGGGUGAAAAUCAUCAAGACAUCCGCUAACUCGCAUAAUCGCACUCUAACACGCACUUGGCUGGCGUAAUAAUAUUGUGUACAUGGUUUGUUGUAGUAAGGCGCGCGGUGUUGGGUGAGAUAUGGAGUAAGAGAUUUUUGUUUUGUUGUUGGUAUUUUGCAAAAUGCAAAACGUUAUUAACACACACACACACACACACACGCGGAGAUAAUAGAGUCAUUAGAAUGCAGAAAUGGGUGGACGGUCGAAAGUUUUUCGCUGAAAAAGAAACCAACCAAUUGUGUAAACUACAAUAAGUGAAUCAAUUUAAUGAUUCCCACGAUUCCCCGCAUUCGCUUCUGCCCGCACCAGGCUCGAUAUCAUCAAUGAGAUUCUGUUAUUAGCUUGCAAUUAUAUUGUCAAUGCGAGGUGGAUGGAUGAUCUGGCGGAGAGGAAAAGAAAAUGCGUGUACUAGUGGAGAAGAAGUUAAUCGUCCCGAUCGUCCCGAAUUGGAGUCGUGCACUUGGGAGUGUGUGUGUCUUCAUGUGUGUGUGUGUGUUUGGGUGGGAUUAGCAACUGUCGGAUAAGUAGAGCGAAUAAAGGAAAAAAAAUCUUCCAGCUCUAGUACAUCCGGAGAACAAACAAAAAGGGAGAAACUUUUGAAAACUUAUAUAGAAAAAUGUGUCCAAAAGUAGAUCAAAACCGAAAACACAAUACAACAGUUCACACAAAACAAGAGCCCCCCCUCCCAAUACACACGCGCACGGUGACAAGAAAAAAAACGGGGCGUAAGGCGGACGGAUGAAAUGGAUGAAACAGAGUUAACAUUUAAUAUAUACAUAUAUAUAUGAAAGCGGAUAUAUACAUACCUAUAAACAUAUAUUUGAAACAACAGCAACAAAAAAGUAUAUAAAUCUAUAUAUAUGAAUAUAUAUUUUUAAAAUAUUCUGACGUUAAGCAGCAGCAGAUUGGGAGAGCGAGAGCGCGUGAGAGAAAAAAGGAGAAGUAACAGCAGCAGCAUAUAUGGAAUCUAAGGAUGGCUAUUCAAUUGACACGUAUUAUAUUGUACAAUGGCUACAAAGAAGAAGAAGAAAAACAAAACACAAUCCAACCCAAAAACCGGAUUAUAGAUAAUGCAGAAGCAAUAGACAUUACUCUCACUCACACCUUCACACCGACGACCGACGGGAUUGGAGAUUGGUCAAACGAAGACACCAUUUGCAUACAAGAACGAAGAAACAAGGCUUAAGCGUUGACUGGAAGCUAGCAAUAUAGUGUUGUGUGCAGGAUGCGGCAGAAGAAAAAAAUCUUGGGGCUCCUUUAUGAGAUCCUUGCUGGCAGAAUAACCCAAGCAGCAACAAGUGUUUUUUUUUUCUUUCUCCUCGACACAUCGACAGACUUCAGUGUUUUUUGGGGGCUUGUGGCUAACCAUGCUCCCAGGUAUAAAAAGUGCCACACGUUGAUGUGCUCAGUGAUGUAUCUUCUCACUCACAGAAGUAAUUGUCCUGCCACUAUUAAACAUUAUUUCAUGUUUUUUUCUCUGCUGUAUCUUGUAUCAGGUAGUUUAAUUUUUUUCCUUAUUUUGACAAUUUUUUUCUUCCAAAUUUCAUACUUUGUUCCAUGCUUGUCUGUGGUCUGUUAGUGAAGAAAGUUAGCUCCCCUUUCACACACGUCCUCGACACGUCUUUCUGUGCGAUUAUGAGUGAUUUGCUCGGUAGAAUCCUACCGGGAGCCGGAUACGGAUCUAGACUCUGCAAGGAGGAGGAUCAUAUAUAACUGACCCUUAGAAAGUUGCCCUUACCUUACAUUAUAAUCUUGGCUGUUUUACAGCGUUCGUUGCGCAUGCGUUUUUUGAACGUUGAACGUUCGUGUUGCUCCUUAAUCCGGCCGGCCUUAUUCCCACAGACAGACCGACCUUAGCGAAACCGUGAAAGGGCAAAAGGUUCAUUAAGGUCACACGUCCUCCGGCGUAUAAUCGUUAAGCGUUUAGUGUGUAGUGUGUACGGUUCUGUUUUCGCGUUGAUUGUUGAUUGAUUUUUAUUAUUAUUUUAUAUAUUGGUUUCUUCUUCUUCUUUUUUCUUCUCUCGCUCUAUACAUUACCGAUAAUAGCGUGUACACAUCCCGUUUACACAUCCCUUGCGUUAUUAGGGCUGUGCUCAUAGUAGGUUUUUAUUAUAUAUACGUGCUGUACUGUCCGAUCACACUUCAGUUCCCGUUGAUACGAAAAUUGUUUAACUUAUUUUUACUUCUUCGUAUACGACACAGCGUUUACAUUUUUUUCCUCUGGGGUAGGUUCGAACUUUUUGCUUAAAGCGAGUUACAUGCUAAAUACAAAAAAAUUAUAACACUUUUCUACCAGGCUAACACUCGGUCGAAGAACGAUAAUUAUCUCAAUAAUUAUUUUUAAAACCACGUGUUGUUUUUUUCGUUUUGUUUGUUCGCUUUCAAUUCGCGUGUACGCAGCUUAACGAACCAGAAAACUAGGCAAAAUAUCAGUCACAGAUAAUCAUACAAAACCGGGCCAUCAGCUGCAGCGGUCCGGCAGUAAACACAGGCAUCAUUAAACGCAAACUUGUAAUAAACUACGGACGGGAGGGAUUGGAUAGUGGACUGACGCGCUGUUAAUUGCGAGAACGAAUGGCCUUAGGCAAGGUAGUGUGCAGGAGUAGAAGAAGAAGAAGUAUUUAGCAAAGCGUUUAAAGAAAACAAACAAAAAAAAGGAUUUACAGUACCGAAAGUAAAGCUUCGGACCGGCUAUCGGAAAAUACACAAGCGUUACUAGUGUUUUUGAACGUUGAGUUUUGUAUUAUUAAUUUUUUCCUCUUCCUUUUUGUUCCUUUUUUUCUACUUACGUUGUAUAGGGGUAAUCGUUGCGUUGUAAUAUCACAUAGUUUUGGUGUGUUUUUUGCUUUACUUUUCUAAUUGUUUUACUUUUUUUUUCUUUUCAGUUUUAUGAAACGUGAAUUUUAUGAAGAAACCAAAAAAAAAGAACGCUGGCUUCCAGUCAAGCGCACGUGUGUUAAGGAAUGGCAGAAAACAACAGAACACAAAAAUUGAUCCUAUGCUGCGGUUUGUGCUAUCAGAAGCAUUCCUGAAUUAACAAGCAAAAAGAAACAGGUGGGACAGUAACGAUAAGCGUACGAAGUUUUGUACAUUUACCUAUCCAUAUACUACAUUAUCAUCUUCUGCAUCAUUCGUAUCGAAUAGAGAAAAAGGGAGAUAGAGAGGGGGAGAGAGAGUGAAAGAGUAAUAUCCAAGAUCAUACACUAGCUGUACUAGAAGCAGAAGAUAAUUAGAAACAAAAAUCAACAAUACUAAACCGAACGCGCGCUGAACAAACAGAUGAACGGCAAAACCUAAAACUACACACCAAAGCUACACUAAACUAAUAGCAAAUUCACAGUUGUGUAGUGUGUAAUCCGGGUGUUCCCUCCUUCUCCUCCCAGUGUGCAUAGCUUAACUUAUAUUACCCGUUGUUUGUUAACAUUUUGCCACCAGUAAAGGACGUAGCAUAGAGGGUGCGCAUACGUGUGGUGGCCGCAGAUGAGGUAGAGAAGGUAAGCAACAUAAUACAGCAUACCCAACAUGACCAAUCGUGUCCUGUCCGUCGUGUCUAACGGGAGUGGCAAUACGCGACGAUAGGACAGCCGUGAACAAUCUAUAUCAUCUUUAUACAGUGUUUAGCUAAAAGGAAUUAGACAGAACAACCAAGAGAAGAAAAACGAAAAGGAUCUCAAACGAACUACUAAACCCUUCUAUCAUCCCAACCAAAAGACCAAGAGCUUCUUUACUGUACUUGGCUAUUGGUUUUAUUGAAAUCACCUUUGUUUUUUAAGCUUUCAGUUAAUUUUCCAUCGUCCUGUCUCGGGAAAUCGAUGUCUGGCUUCGGGUUUUACAUUUGCCGCCUAGGGCCACUACGGUUCGCUUCGUUUUGCUACUAGAGUAAAAGUGCCUUUUUAAACAAACAAAAAACGAUACUUGUAGUUAACUGUCACGUGUAUUUGCUAUACAACAAACACACAAAGAACCAUCACCUUGAACGACACUCACACACACACACGCAAACUGAAACUACUAAACUAAAACCCUAAACUAUUACUCUGUCUAAGUAGGCGACGAUCGGUAGACAGUAGAGAGCAUUAAACUUUGUACUACCAUGUUAACGAUUAUCUAUUAAAAUUGGGUGUAGUGUUUUAUGUUUUUAAAAUGUUUGCAUUGUUAGUGCUGAAGAAGUAAUGGAUGGGCAGGGGACGUACUUAAAAUUGUUUGCAAGAGUAAAAAUCACAUGCGAUCUAUAACGCCUAGUUGAGUGUAUCUUGCCUAGGAGGCAGGGUUGCCAUAUGGUUAAUUUUUAUGCCUAAUCUUUUUUAUUUAAUCUUCUGUCUUUUUAUGAAAAUUUUGAAACCAUCAAAGAUUAUGCAGGUGGACAAGGGAAUCGUUUAAGCCUGCUGUGGAACUUUGCAAUCAUAUAGUGGAUUUUCUGCCGAGUGUUCUGUCACUGUUAAACUGUAAACUUACGAAAUUUCAUUCGAUCGCUUGUAUGAACAUGAUUACGCCCAAUCAUUCGUACCGGGUUAACGCAAUAAUUUAUUCUAAAAUAUUAUUUUAAUUACCACUUGCUUAAUCUACACGGCUUAUUGCAAAGUUCAACAGCCGCAUUGCAAAUUUCCACAAACUAUUUGUAAGAUUCCAUUGUAUGAUUGCAAAGUUCCAUAGCGGAGCUUUAGAAUCGAGAACAUUCCCUUGAAAGAUUGAAAAGUUUGUUUAUACGGCUCAAAAUUCUGUAUUUUAAUGGUUAUUUCAGAUCAGCCACAGCACAGAGGUUUUCAAGAAAGUGACUUUUUUGAAAAAUUACCAACCAUAGAUCUGUUCCAUUUUAAGAAGAUCAAGAUCAAUAAAGAAAUGAACGGUUGGAUGGUUGAUAAUGGACUAGAUGUAAACAGGUGACUUCCAGAACAGAAGCAGCUAACAAAGCUGCAAGUUACUCAAAGAAGUAACUUGGCCAGUUGGAAGAAAACGGUACAAAUGACUAGGCUCUGAAAUGAGGAAUUUUUAGGAUCGGAAUUUUAGGUUUCUGGAGCAUAUUUAAGAACAAAAAAACCAGUAUGUCAACCCUGUUACUAGGCGGUACUUAAAAAAAUUCUCUGCCUGUAUUAAACACACAAACUUAAACACUACCACCAACAGUAGUAACUCACAUUCGAUGCCCGUUUUGUGUGCGGGACCCUUGGAGACACUUAGCUUUUACAUCGUUCAAAGGUUUUUUUAUAUUGCUCUGUAUAGAACUGUUAGAAGUAGUACAAUGUUUCGCACUCCGUUGGCACUGUUAAUACGAUCUGUUACUCAUCCUAUUAGCUGUUAUCGUGUUUCGUAUUAUUAGUGUGAGCAGCAGACGUAACGACGCAACACAUGCCCUAAAAGCCGAGUUCCUAAACCAAAACCUAAAACAGUCAGUAAAAACGAGUACCAGCUCAUCAUUCUCUGCUAGAACCUGUCCGUUUAAACCGGAGCUGCCGAUUUCCCGAACGCAAACAAGGAGGAUAAAUUUCCUUAGUGAUAUUUUAUAUGCUACUUUUUUUUGGAUUUGGUUUUACAAUUAUAUCCCCAACAUAUCUCCCAGUUAUGUGUAGCAGUUCACAUACUCUCACCCUUGGUAAGGUUAUGUUUGAUAGGCAGCAAGCUCAGCUGGAGUUCUCAACACCACAUAAAUAUUUUAACAAAAUCCCCAGUUCCCAGAAGGUGUUUUUCCCUGAAGAAUAAUUAAGAACCAACGCCAAAUCCAACCACUGUUGUUGGUGUGUGUUUGUGUGAAUUCCGUUGUGCGUUUCAUCAAACCAAAAAAAAAAAA